GUCACGCCGAAGGGAACGUUUUCUCCUCCGGAACGGAGGCGGCGCGCGGGCGGUUUCCGGGGGGGCCGAGCCGUCCGCACCGCCCCGCGCACGGCCACGUCUCCGCCGGCGGCAGGGUCGGUCCGCCGCUGCGGCUUCCGCGGCGCCAGGUUUUGAAUACAGUGAACAUAGCCCUUUAUGACCGUUGGAUAGUAUUCAGUUAUGGUAUAACUUGAAUGCCGAGAGGAGGAAAUUGAAGUCAGCUGGCACGACUCCCGACUCGAAGUGUCCUAUGAAACUUGGCUCACUCUCCGGGGUCACAGCUGGCGCACAGGCCUGGUUUCCCCAGAGGCAUCAUGAUAUUCCUUGGUUUAACGUCAAGCCUUUUGUGAGACUCUAAAUCUUAACCUGAAAAUGAAAAGCAGAAUGAGGUUCUUACCUGGAGCUCUGAGCUGCUGCUGAUGGCAGAAACUGAAUUUUCCUGCAGUUCACUUGUGACCCCCCAGAUUGGCUCAGCCUGUGUUUUCCUGACCAUGGAUGGGAUGUCAGCUGGCCAGGAUGGCCUCUUGGAGGUCAGAUCCAGCAGUGACACUUCAGCUUGUGCCAAGGGCCCCUUGAAGCUGCCAGACUCCCUAGAGCUGCUUGACCAGCAGGACAGAGCCCCACGUGUCACUGUCGAAGUAAACAGAGCUUCCAGUGGAGAAGGAAGCCUGCAUGGACUUGGCCAAGAUGGCCUUUGUCAGAACGGGCCAGCACUGCAGUUAUCAGACCCUCCAUUGCCUCUCGACCCCACCACAAGCCCAGUGGGUCCUGAUGCCCCUCCAGGUGUGGCUGGUUUCCAUGACAACCUAAGGAAGUCUCAGGGAACUAGUGCUGAGGGCAGUGUUAGAAAAGAAGCUUUGCAGUCUCUCAGACUCAGUCUUCCUAUGCAAGAAACGCAACUGUGCUCUGUGGAGUCUUCACCGCCCUUGGAGGAGGAAGAGCAAGUCCGACGUGAGGCUCGCAAGCGCCUGGAAGAGCAGCUCCAGCAGUACAGAGUGAAACGCCAGCAGGAGCGCUCCAAUCAACCAACAAAAAUGAGACUUUUUAGCACACUUGAUCCUGAGCUCAUGUUAAACCCAGAAAACUUACCAAGGGCCAGUACCCUGGCUAUGACAAAAGAAUAUUCAUUCCUACGCACCAGUGUCCCUCGGGGGCCAAAAGUAGGCAGUUUAGGGCUCCUGGCACACCCUAAGGAGAAGAAAGGUUCAAAAUCAAGCAAAAUACGAUCUCUGGCUGAUUACAGAACUGAAGACUCAGGUGCUGGGGGUCCUGGUGGUAGUGUCCCUGCCAGUGACUCUACCAGGGCCUCCCUGAGGCCAAGCAGAAGCAGCGCAAUGGCCCUUGUGUCUGAGAUCAGCUUGGCUCCUGAGACUGACGACCAUCUGGAGAACGCCUCCCUGACAGGAGACAGCGUGUCUGAGGCAGAUGGGAACGAGAGUGACAGCUCCUCAUACAGCAGCACCUCUGCUCGCAGGACCUGUGCUGCUGUGGUGAGCCCAGUGGGCACACAGGAAGCUUCCUAUGUGAUCAACGGACAGGAGAUUGCUGCAGAUGUCCUGGGCCAGUUCCCCUCGAUUAAGGAUGUACUGCAGGCUGCUGCUGCUGAACACCAAGAUCAGGGACAGGAUGUCAACGGGGAGGUGCGGAGCCGAAGAGACAGCAUCUGCAGCAGUAUAUCCGUGGAAAGCUCUGUUGCUGGGACUCAGGAUGAAAUGUUGCAGGUUCUUAAAGAAAAAAUGAGACUUGAAGGACAGCUGGAAGCUGUAUCGUUGGAGGCUAGUCAGGCGCUGAAAGAGAAGGCCGAGCUGCAGGCCCAGAUGGCUGCCCUCAGCACACGGCUGCAGGCACAGGUGGAACACAGCCGCAGCAGCCAGCGGAAGCAGGACUCACUCAGCUCAGAAGUGGAUACCUUGAAGCAGUCCUGCUGGGAUCUGGAGCGAGCCAUGACUGAUCUGCAGAACACUCUGGAAGCCAAAAAUGCCAGCCUGGCAUCCUCUAACAGUGACUUGCAGGUGGCAGAGGAGCAGUACCAGAGACUCAUGGCCAAAGUUGAGGACAUGCAGAAAAGCAUCCUCAGCAAGGAUAACACAGUGCAUGACCUACGACAGCAGAUGACGGCCCUGCAGAGCCAGCUCCAGCAAGUGCAGCUGGAACGCACAACCCUGACCAGCAAGCUCAAGGCUUCACAGGCUGAAAUCUCAUCUCUGCAGAAUGUCCGGCAGUGGUACCAGCAACAGCUUGCCCUGGCUCAGGAGGCCCGGGUCAGGCUGCAGGGCGAGAUGGCCCACAUCCAGGUCGGACAGAUGACCCAGGCAGGCCUCCUGGAGCACCUGAAACUUGAGAACGUAUCCUUGUCCCACCGGCUGGCAGACACGCAGCACAGGUCCAUCAAGGAGAAGGAGCGUGUGGCCGCCCAGCUGCAGAGCAUUGAGGCUGACAUGUUGGAUCAGGAGGCAGCCUUUGUGCAGAUCCAGGAGGCGAAGACAAUGGUGGAGGAGGAUCUUCAGAGGAGGCUGGAAGAGUUUGAAGAUGAACGGGAGCAGCUGCAGAAGGUAGCAGAUACAGCGGCUUCCUUGGAGCAACAGUUGGACCAGGUGAAGUUGACUUUGCACCAGCGAGACCAGCAGCUGGAAGCUUUGCAGCAAGAGCACCUGUCUGUGAUGCAGCAGCUCACCUCCACACAGGAGGCCCUGCAAGCCAGGGAGCAGUCCUUUGGUGACCUGCAGACGCACUAUGAUGAGCUGCAGGCCAGGCUGGAGGAGCUGCAAGGAGAGGCCACCUCCAAGGAGGACACCAUCCGCUUCCUACAAAAUGAGAAGAUUGUCUUGGAGGUAGCCCUGCAGGCGGCCAAGAGUGGCAUGGAGGAAUUUGACCAGGGAGCAAAACGCUUGGAAGAAGGUACCGAAGAAACAUCGGAAAUUUUAGAGCAGUUAAGACAAGAACUAGCCAUCAAGUCCAGCCAGGUGGAGCACCUUCAGCAAGAGACUACUGCUGUGAAAAAGCAGACGCAGAAAAUAAAAGAGCAGUUUCUUCAGCAAAAGGUGAUGGUGGAGGCCUACCGGAGGGAUUCUUCUUCCAAAGACCAGCUCAUAAAUGAGCUGAAAAACACCAGGAAGAGGCUGGACUCGGAGAUGCAGGAGCUGAGGCGAGACUUAAUUAAAGUACAUGGGGAGAAAAAGGCCGUGGAGGUGGAGCAGUCACGUUUGCAGAAGGAGGUGUCCCAGGUCCACCAGCAGAUGGCAGAUCUUGAGGGGCAGCUGCAGUCAGUACAGAAGGAGCGAGACACAUUGGAGACGCAGCUGCAGUCUCUGCAGCUGGACAGUGAGCACAUGGUGGCGCUUUCCGAGGCCAAUGAGGCACUGCAGAAGCAGGUGGAGGAGCUGCAGCAGGAAGCCCAGAAGGCCAUCACAGAACAGAAGCAGAAAAUGAAGCGACUGGGCUCAGACCUGACCAGUGCACAGAAGGAGAUGAAGACGAAGCGCAAGGCCUAUGAGAACGCCGUGGGCAUCCUUAGUCGCCGCCUGCAGGAGGCGCUCACUGCCAAGGAGGCCGCAGACGCAGAGUUGAGCCAGCUCAGAGCCCAGAGCGCCAGCGGUGGCAGCGAUUCCGCCCUACAUGAAAGGAUCCGAGCCUUGGAGGUGGAGCUGCAGAGCGUGGGCCGCAGCAAGCUGCUGCUGGAGAAGGAGCUGCAGGAGGUGAUCGCCGCGACCAGCCAGGAGCUGGAGGAGUCCCGGGAGAAGGCGCUGGAGCUGGAAGACGAGCUUCAAGAAUCCAGAGGCUUUAGGAGGAAAAUAAAGCGCCUUGAGGAGUCCAAUAAGAAGUUGGCUCUUGAGUUAGAGCAUGAGAGAGGGAAGCUCACAGGCCUCGGACAGUCCAAUGCGGCGCUGCGGGAACACAACAGCAUCUUAGAGACAGCCUUAGCCAAGAGGGAGGCAGACCUAGUCCAGCUGAAUCUUCAGGUACAGGCAGUCUUGCAGCGGAAAGAAGAGGAAGACCGCCAGAUGAAGCAGCUUGUGCAGGCCUUACAGGCUGCCCUAGAGAGAGAAAAGACGAAGGUGCACAGCCUCAAGGAGCAGGUGGCUGCUGCCAAGGCAGACGCCGGGCAUAACCGCCGCCACUUCAAGGCUGCCAGCUUGGAGUUGAGCGAGGUGAAGAAGGAGCUACAAGCCAAGGAGCAUCUGGUGCAGACGCUGCAAGCCGCAGCCGACGGGCUCCAGGCUCGGGAGGGGAAACACUCCCAAGAAGUCGCACAGUUCCAGGCAGAGCUGGCUGAGGCCCAGACUCAGCUUCAGCUCCUGCACAAGCAGCUGGACGAGCAGCCAAGCCGGCAGCCCAUGGAAGACCAAGAGAUGGAAAAUCUCAAGUGGGCAGUGGAUCAGAAAGAGAGGGAAAUCCAGUCCUUGAAGCAGCAGCUGGACCUGGCUGAGCACCAGGGAAGGAAGGAGCUGGAAGGGACGCAGCGGUUGUUGCAGAACGUCAAGUCUGAGUUGGAGGUGGUGCAGGGAGACCUGUCUUCAACCCAGAAGGAUAAAUUCAUGCUUCAAGCUAAAGUGUCAGAGCUGAAGAACAGCAUGAAGACCCUGCUUCAGCAGAACCAGCAGCUCCAGCUGGACCUGCGCCGCAGCACAGCAAAGACGAGAAAGGAACUGAAAGGUGAGGCCAGUUCAUCCAGCCCCGCGACACCCAUCAAGAUCCCGGACUGCCCUGUCCCAGCCUCGCUGCUGGAGGAGCUACUGAGGCCCCCACCUGCCGUGAGCAAGGAGCCCCUCAAGAAUCUGAACAGCUGCCUGCAGCAACUCAAGCAGGAGAUGGACAGCCUGCAGCGACAGAUGGAGGAGCACACCAUCACUGUGCACGAAUCCCUGUCCUCGUGGACUCAGGUGGAAGGCCACCUUGCAGACCCAGCUGCUGCCAGCCCUGCUGUCCCGGGAGAUCAUGCCAACCCUAGGGGUGACACAGACACAACCCAGGCUGAGCUGAGGAGGGACUGGGACAGCGGCCGCAGUCUCCACUCCAGUGUGUGAUUGCAGAGGAGUCUUCCACUGUCCAUUUUAUUUAUUUGAUUGUGUGCUCUGUGUCUAAGGGAUGAAAAUUUGCUUUUGCCUUUAACAAGAAGUAUAUAACAGAACAAGAACCAAGGAUUAGAGAACUAGUCAUCUGAGGAUCAUACGUAGCAUUUCCCAUGACGACCAAAUCCCAAGACCCUAGUUAAGGUCUCUGAGGAAUUUCCGAGUGUCUGAGGGGUUAUUUUUGAAGGAGAUGUUCUGUGCGUGACAGCAGACACUGCUUCCGUGGCAGAAGCUGUAAAGACCGCACGGUGUGGGUGCUGUCCCUCGCUGGCUGCUCUGUUCAGCAAGAGCUUUAAAAUGAAACCUUACAUGCGCCUCUGGCUCUCCAUCUUGGCUUUGGAGCAGCCAUCCCACCACAGGACGUGUGUCAGCGCUGACAGCUGUCCCUCCUUCUCCGAGCUUGCACCCCAGUAGUCUUUGCUGCCUCUGAACGUGCGCCGAGGGGAGUGCGUAUAUGUAGAGUGUAGGGUGCCAAUCAGAAGAAGAGAUUUUUAAGAAAUUAUUUACUUUAUCUAUGGCAUCUUCUAAAACCGAAAAAAAUGUCACACAGAAAGCGUCUUUGUUGUACACAGUUUCUGAGGGUCUCUCCCUCCCGCCCAUUUGCUGUAAGCUUGCAGACCUAUGUGGCCCAUCAGACCACUAGUUCUGUGUGGCCCCACCCUCCAUCGUGGCUGGCUACCAAGCAAGAGCAGUUGGGACUCUGAAGAAGCCUGUUAGUCUCCAGUAGGCAGGGACAGCAAGGUUCACCCUUCACUGACCUGAUGCUGGAGAGGGAGGAAGCAGGGGAAGAGGUGGGGGUUUCACUGCAGGGUUUCCUGGCUCUCAGAGGGCAGCCAACAGGCUUUCUCCAGGCCUUGUCCAUCUGUGUCCCAGGUGAAAUGCCUGCUGUAAAGAAUGCUGCUGUCAUGUAGUCAUAUGUGAUCACAGCUGUGGUACAGGGAUUUCUGAGAUGCGCCAGCUUCACCAGGAAGGUGCUGUGGUCUCCUGCGGGGUUUCAGGGCCAGACCCACGUUUAGAAUUGGCAGGAGUCUGGUCUCCUGCGGGGUUUCAGGGCCAGACCCACGUUUAGAAUUGGCAGGGAGUCUGGUCUCCUGCGGGGUUUCAGGGCCAGACCCACGUUUAGAAUUGGCAGGGAGUCUGUGAGGUGCCACUGGUACGUGUUUCCCACCUAAAGUAGUGAAACUGCACAUGCUGGCUGACUGGAGAGUUGCGCUCUUCAUGGAUUUGUUGUAAUGAGUGGUUCCUGUGGCCUCCCUUGCAGACCCGCGUUCUGGAGAUGAAGUCCUGGGCACCAGUGGUCUGUCUGGUUGUGCUGGUGACAGGUGACUUGUGUCUGUUUUGUGGAGAAAACUGCUAUUUUUAUGCUGUGUUCUCUUAUACUGCUAGAAGGUUAAUUGAUAGUUAAUGUAGUGUUAAUCACAAAGAUUUUGGUAUUUAAAAAAUAUUCCCUAGCAAGUAUUCGAACUUGUAAAAUAUGUGUGUCAUUUGUACAGGGUUAAUCUAGAAAUAAUACUUGAAACUUCAUUAUAAAUGCACCCUGCUUCUUAUCUUAUGUUGGAAAUCACUUUGGACUAAAUUAUUUCUGUUUUGUCCUUAUUUAUUUUGGUUGUGCUAUCCUCUGGUCUAGUUUUAAGACCAGGAAAUAACACUCGCCUUGCUCCGCGGCAGUGCUGCUUCCUUGCCGCGGGCUCACAGAAGCUCUGCAGAUGAGUGAUAUUCACUCUCCUUGUUUCUAAAUUGGAGUGUAUCAGCAAGCAAAAGCAGAUCUCUUCCUCACCCCAGCCCUGUGUGCGCACACCCUCACACACAGCGCCGCCUCCUGGCUUUCUGUCCGUGCCCGUCCCAUCCUCAGGGCCCCUUUGGGUUCAGCAAGGGACCUGGGCUUCUUGCCCCGCCCACUUAGUGGUGGUCCCUGUUUGUCGCUGUUCUCGUGCACAGCUCACCUGGGCUCGGGGGCCCAGGUUCACUUUGUGCUCUAGGAGCCUGAAGAAGUCACCUGCUUUUGAUUGUUGAGGGUCUUAUUUUUCUAUCUCCAAGGGACUUGACUGGCCCUUUUACCUCCUAGAGUUAUAAAGUUGGGUUAUUGUUUUUGUGGGUAGAAGUGGCCACUGUAGAAGGCACUCAAGGAAAGUCAGUCAAGCCUGGAGUAUGUGACUGCACACUGUUCAUCCACACCAGGGAACCUGGGCUGGGAUACUUCAUGAUGUCAUUUGUUUUUCUUACGUUCCUAAACAGUUUAUUGCAGUGUGAUUUUCACUGACUUUUCCAUAGUACAUGUCAGAUAGGUGCCACGGAUCUCUGGAUUUAUACACCUUUGUUCUCUGGAAGCUGUAAUGUGCAAUGUUUUUAUGAUAGGACAUGAAAGUCUACUUGGGCCAGGGCCCAGGGAAUGGGACUGGCCCUCUUAGGAAGGCAGCCUGGAGGCUUGCAGUAAGCUCUCUCCCCGUUGGAAGCUCACUUUUCUUGGUAUAAGGGUUGUGCAAAAGCCAUGGGCGUACUGAGUCACCAUGACCUAUAUUCCUGCUUCCAUGAGUAUUUAUUUUCACAAAAAUUAAAUGCCAUACCUAACGGUUCUAGGAGUGAAAGGGACCAGCGUAUUUGGAAGAGAAAUGACUUGGACAUGCAUUGCUGUGAUGGGAGGCCUUCCGAGCCUGUGCUAACAGCUGUUCCACUCAAAAGCCCAGCCAAAAUUCAUUAUAUGGUGGUCUCAGGUUACAGUAGGAUCCUUGAGGGUAAUGUUUUAGAGACUCUAAGAAAAUUCAGUGGUUUGAGUUACUUAUUUCUAUUAAAAGUUUCCUCAUGAGAGUCCUCAGACUGGGGCUGUUCAGGGGAAUGGUGUCACCAUGUAUACAAAUUGUAACUUUAAAAAGCAUGUUGAUUUUUUAUAAAUUUAAGUGUGCUUGGGAAUUCUUUAAACUUUGUGCAAUAAACUAUUUUUUGGUAAAGA